UUUCAUUUCGCUAAAAGAUCGGCUUUUCAGUAACAUAUUUCAGGUUUUUCCGAAUAAUUUACCUUCAAAGUAUUAAAAUGUUUUCCUAAAAACUACAAAAAUACAAUUGUACCGUCUUGAAAAAAUAUUUUUUGGAAUUCUAAAUUACAAGAUAAAAAUCAACCAUGAGUGCAAACAUGAAACCAGUGAAUCCACCUCCUCAGCAAUUUUCAUUAGUACCGAAGAUCAUCAAUGGCGGUAUCGCGGGUAUUGUCGGGGUGUCGGUCGUGUUUCCGCUCGAUCUGGUCAAGACACGCUUACAGAAUCAAACAGUGGGACCCAGCGGAGAGAAGCAAUAUAAGAGCAUGUUGGAUUGCUUCAAGAAGACAUACGCAGCGGAGGGCUACUUCGGAAUGUAUCGCGGCUCAGCCGUGAACAUUAUAUUGAUAACGCCCGAGAAAGCGAUCAAACUCGCCGCAAACGACAUGUUCCGACACUACCUCACUUUAUCUGACGGGUCAUUGCCAGUAUUCCGUCAGAUGGUUGCCGGUGGCUUGGCGGGAGCUUGCCAAAUCGUGAUAACCACGCCAAUGGAACUCCUCAAAAUUCAGAUGCAGGACGCUGGAAGGAUUGCCGCUCAAGCCAAAGCAGAGGGCCGCACGAUACAGCGCACCACGGCUCUAGAGCUGACGAAGAAGUUGCUACGCGAACGCGGUAUAUUCGGCCUGUACAAGGGAGUGACGGCGACGGCCGCCCGGGACGUGUCCUUCAGCGUUGUGUACUUUCCGUUGUUCGCGACCCUCAACGACCUCGGACCUAAGGAGGGGCCCGGCGGUCAUACACCGUUCUGGUGGUCGUUCAUAUCAGGUUGUGCUGCUGGCUCCACAGCAGCGUUAGCUGUAAACCCCAUGGACGUGGUGAAGACUCGCAUGCAGACCCUCACCAAGGGAAGCGGAGAGAGGCAAUACACCUCCAUCAUGGAUUGUGUUACGAAAACUUUGAAAUACGAAGGUCCGACUGCCUUUUUCAAAGGCGGCGCUUGCCGUAUGAUUGUGAUCGCCCCGCUGUUCGGUAUCGCUCAGGCUGUGUAUUACGUUGGGAUCGCCGAAUAUCUGCUCGGUCUCAAGUAAAAAGUUCCAACUCUCAAGUGGCCAUUUUGAGUUCCUAUCGUGUUUUAAGUUGCUGAUGUUUGCAAUAUGGCUUUUUUUUGUUACAUUGGCAACACUGCAGAAGAUUUUUUUUGAACCUGAAUCAUGAAAUCCUGGAGUUAUAUGAAUUAAAUUUAAAAAAAAAACACUAUUUUAUGUUAUGUUAUUCAUAAUAUUAUUCAUUGAUAUUGAAUAAAUAGGUAAUGGUUAGAUAGUGAAAUAGCGAAGUACUUAACUUCCGAGGGAAAAUACUCAUUUAUUCAAACUACAUUGUCUCAUUAUAAAACAUCAUUAUUUAAAGUGUUUGAAGUUUACAAAAGAAAAAAAAUGAAUUUUAACUGCAAAGAUGUUAAUUUGAUUGUAUAUUUAUGUAUUGUUUAAAUAAAGACAUUAUUUGUAAAAAAAAUUGAAGUAAGCUUACAAACGUUAUUUUAGCUCAACUAAUUGUUAUUAUUUUUUUGUUUUAAGUACUCCAAAAAAAUGCUAAGUGAUAUUUCUUAUAAUUUAUUUUAUUUCUAAUACGUUUAUUAUAAAUGUACUUUUAUAAUGUUGUUUUUCGUUAUUGAUAUAAUAUUUUAAGAAAUGACUCAUGACUACUUUAUUUAAAUAAAAAAAAAUGACACUUGUGUUCGUAAGUUUAUUAUUUAAACAAAUAUGGACAAGAAAAUGUUAUGUAGCACGUACAUCUAUUUAUUUGCUAGUCUCUCAGAUUAUUUCUGCAUUUAAUUAUUGAAAUGCUGUUUUGUUUCAUAAUUUCAAUGUAUUUGGCUUAUAAGAAAACAAUGUAAUUGAAUUACUAUGAUGACAAUAAAUAUGUAAUGAAACAUUAUUAUAUAGAAAUAUACUUACUUAUUAAGUAUACUUACCUAUUGUUAUGAUAAAAUAUAUCUAUAAAUGUUGUACUAUUAUAAAAAAGGUCAAUUUGUAGAUAGUGAAAAUUAAUGUUUCAAAAUUGCUUUUUUUUUCAGUUUUCUUAUAGUUUAAGGAUUAAUUUGUGAUACUAACAUGGAGUGAUUCAUAUAAAAUUUAACUAGAAAAUGUGUAGUUAUGUAACUCUACUUCAUAAAAGUUUUUCAAGACAAUUACAAAUUAUUUUAGUUUCGCUAGUAUCAAAUGUGUUCAUAACCUCCCAAAUGUUAUAUAUUUUACACAAUUAAUAUCAAUAACAUUUGACGACGUAUAGGUAUUUAAAGUUUGAGAAUAUUAUUAAUUUUGUCUUUUUUUUCCUAACAUUUAUUAGUUUGUGAGCAACAAGGAAUAAUUUUGGAAAUUUAAAGGUCAUAGAGAAUAAUUUUAAUCUAAUUAAACUUCUUGUUGUUUGGAAUGUAAUAACAUCGUUAUGUUGGUCGAAUAAUUAAAUUAUUUUGAAACACUUUAAAGAAAAUUAAAAGAUGUGCUAUAAACUUCUUACGUAAUUUUCAAACGCACGCUUUACCUGCCGUCCCUAUCCUCUGCGACAUAACCUUUUAUUAUUAAGUUAUGCUUAAAUUAAUAAAGAUCAAAUUAUGCUAUAUGGAUAUCGUGUCAAUUAAAUAUAUACGGAGUGGAUUAGAAUUUCUUUUUUGUUUCAUAAUUACUAAACAAGAAUUAAUUGAAUACAUUUAUAUGCAUAUUAUAACAUCACAUAAAACCUCCAAACAGCAGCUGCACAAUUAUGUGUUGAUUGCAUCUUAAAUAAAGCCUACAAAUAACACGGCUAUGUUAUUUUAAUGAAAAGUUUUUUCACAAUCGCUCUACCCAAACAUAAUAUUUUCUGUAGGUACUUGUAUUUAAGACAGUAAUAUUUGUCAAAUAAGUGUGUGAUUGUAAAACCUUUAAAACGUGUGUCAAAAUAAAUCUUUAACGUAAAAUGUUUCGAUGUUCUAAAAUCAUUGAAUUCCAUUUGUUGUUGUUGUUAUGCUUAGUAGAGUAACAAACCAGGCUUUGAAAUAAUUUUAGAUGAAUGUUAAUGAUGUUACUGCAGUAAAAUAUCUGUUGUAUGUGAA